AUGGUAGAUAAUAAAAAACGAGUUUUUUGGCAUUUUACAUUCAAAGAUAUAUUAACUAUUUUAUGUUCAGCAGCUAUACCCAUAGCUCUUGCUAUUUAUACUGCAAUUGGGUCUCAACAACAAAAAGAACAAGAUGAGAAAAAACAAAAGUUUGAUUUGGAACAAUCCACACAAUUACGACAACAAACACUUUAUGAUGAAUUUUUAAAUAAUAUUUUUAAAUUGGAUUACUAUGGUUAUCUAAAGGAGAGAAAAAAUCCAUGGGCAUUUGCAAAUGCAUAUUAUCGUGCUGCUGAUCGCCAAUGGGAUACAAUACGUAAAGCAGAUGUUUUAAAAUUUCUUAAAGAAAAGCACCUAAUUGGUAGAAAUAAUUGUACUGAAGGAUGUAAAACGACAAAUUUAGAUGAUAUAAUUCGUUUAAAUGAAUUAAAUUUGGAUAAUGUACAUCUGGCAAGUCAAACAGGUGUAUUAAAUAAGUUAAAUUUACAAUGUGUUUCUUUUGAUCAAGUAUCAAUGUCAAAUGCAAUAUUUUCAUUUGCUAGUUUAAAUGGUGCAUCAUUUGAUGGAGCACAGUUAGAUAAGGCAAAAUUUGAUGGUUCAUCUUUACUUUGUGCUAGUUUCAAUAGUGUAAAUCUGUCGGGAGCAGAUUUUACAAACUCAGAUUUGACAGGUGCAAAAUUUUCAAACAGUGAUAUGUCAGGAGCUAAAAUAACGAAAGAUCAAAUAAAACAGGCAUAUUUUCAUAAUGUAAUUAUGCCAAAUGGAGAGAAGAGUGAAAAUACAUCAUCAAUCACAACAAAAAAAUCUACAACACAAAUAACAACAACAUCAAUCGGUCAGUAA